CAUUGACUGGCUUCCGGAAAACCAAUGGACACAAAUAAAUCAAAACAAACUAAAAUUGUAACAGAAAUCAAAGCGAUCGGUGUUUUUACUAUUUUUUAGAAUAUUAAAAUAAUGUAACAAGUGGUGGUAGCAUGACGAAAAUAAUGUGUGAUUUCAAUGGUUUUCGCUCCAUUCUUCUCGCAGCUUUGUGUGCAUUCUCGGUGGUCAACGCCACAUUCUUUCCAGAUCUGUAUCCAAGACUAAAACUGGACGCUAGAGCAACGAAAGAUGCGGGUGUGCCUCUCUUUAUUACGCCCUAUCUGAAGACAGGCUCCAUAUCACUCGCCCAAAAUCUUUCCCGGGUGUCUAUAACAGACACGAUAGGAUUCCGAAGUCACGCCGGCUUCUUUACAAUAGACGAGAAAUACAACUCGAAUUUAUACUUAUGGUAUUUUCCUCCAUUUUCUAAACAAGAAGGAGCUCCUAUUAUUAUCUGGCUACAGGGAGGACCUGGAGGAAGUUCUCUUUUUGGAUUAUUUCAAGAGUUGGGACCACUGAUAGCGAAAAAGGAAGGUUUCGCUUUAAGAAAAUAUCAUUGGGCACUAAACUAUCAUGUAAUAUUUAUUGACAACCCUGUGGGCACUGGAUUUAGUUUCACAGAUAAUGAAAAAGCAUACUGUACUAAUGAGGAUUGCAUAGCUGAAGGACUUUACACCACUCUAAAGCAGUUCUACCAAUUGUUUCCAAAUUUGAAGAAAAAUGAAUUAUACUUGGCAGGAGAGUCUUAUGCGGGAAAGUACCUGCCAUCUUUUGGAUUAAAAAUACAUCAUGAGAAUGCUAAGAGCAAAGAAAAAGUCAAUCUAAAAGGGAUUGCAAUGGGUAAUGCAUAUUGUGACCCUAUCAAUCAACUAGACUAUGGCAGCUACUUAUACCAAUUAGGAUUAAUAGAUGACAAUGCAUUAAAAUUAUUUCUAAAAUAUCAAGGAGAGAUUGCUAAUCAAAUAAAACAAGAGAAUUGGGAACAAGCAGAUGUCCUCAUGGAUAGACUAAUGGACGGGGAUAUGACAAAUUUCUCAUACUUCAAAUACUACACUGGAUUUGAUUAUUACUACAAUUAUUUACAGUCUUCUGCAGCCGAUGAUAUGUCAGUAUUCAUCAGCUUGUUACAGAAUGACAAAGUCCGUCAUGCUGUGCAUGUUGGAGGAUUAGCAUUUAAUGAUGGACUAAAGGUUCAAUUAAAUUUAAUACUUGAUAUGUUAAAGUCUGUAUCUCCUGCAAUAUCAGAACUUCUGUCACAUUAUAGAAUUAUGUUUUAUAAUGGCCAGCUGGAUAUAGUUGUUGCUUAUCCACUCACAGAAAACUUUUUGCAUAAUCUACAAUUUUCUGCGGCUGCAGAAUAUAAAAAUGCAAAGAGAAUGAUUUGGAAGGUAGGUGAUGAUAUAGCUGGGUAUGUUAAGACAGCUGGUAAUCUUACUGAAGUUUUGGUCAGAAAUGCUGGGCAUAUGGUACCACGGGACCAACCUAAAUGGGCCCUCAACCUUAUCACAAGAUUCAUUAAAAAUGAUUUUGCAUUCUGAAACCUUUUAUUUUAAUAUAAUUAGUUUUAUAGACAAAUACUUGUGUUUGAUGGCAAUAAAGUAGGAUUAAAUGGGAAUAAUAAUGUAAUCAUGUAAUUAUAGAUAAGAA